AUGUUUGACGUUAGUUGAAUAGCGAAGAAGUACUACAGCAAAUUGUUUACGGUGAGGAACAUGGAAGACGAAGAGCGGCUAAUGGUAACGUUCCAGGUCGGAGGGAACCCGGACUGGAUGUCGCGUCUGCCCGAGCGCCUGCUGGAUGUCCCGCUGUGGAACCUGGCCAUACCCGGGAGCCAUGACAGCAUGUCUUUCUGUCUGGAUGUCUCCUCUCCGGUCCUGAGAUCACAGCCCUGUAUCCUCCGAGUCAUCGACAGGCUGUUCCCCUGCUGGACCCGACCCUGUGUGUACCGCUGGGCCACCACACAGCAAUCGGUCCUCCGAGAUCAGUGUGAUCUCGGUAUCCGUUUCUUGGACCUGCGGAUCGCCAGGAAGCCAGCAGGAGACAGCAAAUUAUUCUUUGCCCACGGCAUCUACACACUCAUGACUGUGAAGGAGGCUCUGGAUGAACUGGCUACCUGGUUGGAUGCUCAUCCGAAAGAGAUCGUAGUCAUUUCCUGCUCGCAUUUUGAAUCGCUGACCGACGAAGACCACGUCCACCUCGCUGAGUACAUCAUCACGCUGUUCGGAAAGAAACUCUGCUCCUCACAGGACAUUCCCACUCUGCGUUCCUGUUGGUCCAGAGGCCAGCAGGUCGUUGUUUCCUAUGACAACCAGCAGAUGGUGCUGCAGCACCCCCAGCUGUGGACUGGAAUACCUUACUGGUACGCCGACUGCGCAGACCCUGAGAAGGUGAUUGCCUACCUGGAGGACCAGAAGCACAGAGGAAGACCAGCUGGUUUUUACGUCAGCGGUCUGAACCUGACAGAAGACGCUGCGUACGUCCUCCGUCAUCCCCUGCAGGACAUGAGGAAGAUGACGGCAAGGGCUCUAUCCCUUCUGCUGGGCUGGGUGGGCGAGCAGCAGCCGGGACGGCAGCCUGGCGGGGUCAACGUCCUCUGCUGCGACUUUGUGGACGUCAGCCCGUUCUGCUCGCUUGUGAUUGGCCUGAACUACAAACUGCUGGCCGCGACGCCUCCUGUCUGCAGGAUGCCGCAAGCACUGAACAUCUUCCAGGUGAAAAAGAAGCUGCCGGAAUCAGGUUGACUAUUGGAAAACGGUCCCUGUCGGCCCUGCGGACGAUGCUGUGGAGAUCCUGGAGUUUGGCGGACAGGAAGGCCCGGAAGGUUCCCUUCAUCCCGAUGGCCUGGGCCUGAGUGAAGCACUGGUAGUCUGCGCCGCGGAUGCCCCGCAUCCCGCCCGUCUGAGGGACGUUCAGCGCGAUCAGGUGGAGCUGGGGAAACACCAACAGGCUCUGUGUUAAAAUUUUAAAAUAAAACUCAAGAGCAGAG